AACCUAUGCCAGCUACUAAGAAUAUUAAAUAUUCACUCUUCAAUUUUCUGACUGACUGUUAAAAUCUUAACCACAAAAUGGGAGUUUCUGAUUACUUGAGGCCGGAACAUGGAUAUGCAAUGUUGGUUGUCAUUUACACCAAUCUAAUGCUUGUAUAUCUGAUGUUACAAGUUGGAAAAUACCGGAAGAAAGCAAAUAUAAAGUAUCCAGCAAUGACUUCAAAGACUGAUCAUCUCUUCAAUUGUUACCAACGAGCUCAUCACAAUACAUUGGAAUGGUUGCCAAUAUUUUACUCUCUUUUUGUGCCGUCAGCGAUUGUUUACCCGGUUUAUGCUUCAAUACUUGGAGCGCUUUUUGUCACUUCCCGUUUCCUGUAUGCUUGGGGUUACUACACUGGUGACCCUGCAAAGAGAAACUGGGGUACCUGGGGAGAGCUUGCCGUUCUCCUCCUGCUUUUCAUGGUUGGCUACAUAACUCUCGGCCAGUUCGGAAUUGUGUAAAAAUAACAAAAUGAUGAAAAAAAGUGAAGAUUGAUCUCUUUUUGUGCCCAAUACAGAUUUUUUAGUGACUUCAUUUACUGUUUUUAUCAUUUAUAAACUUGUUAAUUAGCUAGGCUUGGGUGACUGGAUUAGAAUUGUCUCAUAUUUUCUUUGGGCUAAAUUGAAUUGGAAUUAAUUUCAUAAUAAUUGUUUUUAUAUUGAUUUUUCAUGAUA